AUGUCAACAUUAACAUAACCUCAAUCUCAUUGAAUGGAUUUGAGAUUAAUUUCUAUUUAAUUAAUUUAAAAUAAUUAAAAAUGAGUUAUCGGCUUCGCCCUGCGAAGAAAUUAGCCGAAAUCCAAUUCGGGUUUAAAAAAGAUUCCGAAAAUUUAUUAAAAACGUUCGCAAAAAAAGAAUCUCAUUCUUUCGAAAUAUUCUCGGAAAUUUGGAAAGAAAAACAUUUUAGUUUAGUUUAUAAAUAUACCAAAAAUUUCAAUGAAAUAUCAAGACAAACCCAGCUUUUUUUAUUUGAAGCCAAAAAGUUAUUUAUUUAUGCUCCAAAUAUUUAUAUUAAAACGGGGGCUUUUUAUUUAUUAUACGGGCUUUAUUACAAACAACCAUUGAUGGAAAAUAUUAAGAUACGAUUAACCCAAAACGAAUUAAAACUGCUUAAAACGUACAUAAACGAGAUGAAGAAUUCCUCAGAAACUCAUCCUAUGUACAUUUUCUCAAAAUUAAUUCAUGAUCAAGCUUUCGAUUUCGUUUUUACCCAAUUACCGUUGAUACCUAAACAAGAACCCAUCCUAAAACUCUUUGAUAUUGCAAGUAACGAUACGUUUCGAGAAGAUAUUGAGUCUAAAGUUAUGGAUCAGAUGAAGGAAUUAAUUGAAAACGAGGGGAUCGCCGAGAUUGGUAGGGAUUAUAGGAACGCUAUGAAAGAGUAUUUUGAGUCAAGUGGUGAAAAAAAUAUCAUGAUGUUUGAUACAGAUAUACAAAAAGAGUUGGAAGGGGUUUUUAUGGAAAAAGUUGUUGAGGGGAAUUGUGAAAAAAAUGAUUCUUUGGGGAAAAUCCGGGAAGAGUUGAAGAAAAAAGCAGCUGGGACGUUUAAAACAAAAUAAACUCCUUUUAUUACAAUUUUUUAUUAUAAAAUAUAUACAUAACCUAACUGUC